UACCGCCGCCGCUCCUGUCGCUCCCAGCGCCCGCCGCCGCCGCUCCGAGCCGCCCGCAGCCGCCGCCGGCCGGGCCGCGCUCCAUGGCGACCCCCAGCCCCUGCAUCGUGAUUGGCGAUGAUGAACAAGGUUACGACCUGGAUUUGUUCUGCAUACCUAAACAUUAUGCAGAUGAUUUGGAAAAAGUCUAUAUUCCUCAUGGGCUCAUCAUGGACAGGACGGAGAGACUGGCACGAGAAAUUAUGAAGGGCAUGGGAGGACACCACAUUGUGGCACUCUGUGUACUCAAGGGUGGCUAUAAAUUUUUUGCUGAUUUAUUAGACUACAUCAAAGCCCUGAACAGAAACAGUGACAAAUCAAUCCCCAUGACAGUCGACUUCAUUAGGUUGAAGAGUUAUUGUAAUGAUCAGUCAACUGGAGAUAUCAAAGUCAUUGGGGGAGAUGACCUCUCAACCUUGACUGGAAAGAAUGUUUUGAUCGUAGAAGAUAUAAUUGAUACUGGUAAAACAAUGAAAACAUUGCUGUCUCUCCUUAAACAGUACAAUCCAAAGAUGGUGAAAGUAGCCAGUUUGUUGGUGAAAAGAACUCCUCGAAGUGUGGGAUACCGGCCAGACUUUGUUGGCUUUGAAGUGCCAGACAAAUUUGUUGUGGGAUACGCCCUAGAUUACAAUGAAUACUUCAGAGAUUUGAACCAUAUCUGUGUGAUCAGUGAGACGGGGAAGCAGAAGUACAAAGCAUGAAAGCAGAGUUCAAGUGACAACAGAGCUUUGAAAUGUUUUGUUUACCAAGUCCUAUCUUUCACAGGCUUCAGCUCUGGCACACCAGCUACACUUGUAGAAUGCCCCAGCCCCAUUGCCAUGUGCUUACUGUAAUUUAUUGCAUGUACAAUAUAAGAGCUCAUCUUGUUCUUUUGUAUUUUAGAAAUGUAAAUUUAGUGCAGUUCUGCACUCCUUAUUUUGAUUUGCACUACGACUCUACCAACUAUCGCUGCUGCCCCUGGUUGGGUUGUGCUGUUUGUGAGCUCAAGUCUUAACUCUUGCAGUGGUAAAUUGCUUAAACCUCAUCAACCCAGAACUGAAAUAGUUCAAGUACUGUAAAUGUAAAGCAUUUUAUGAUAGGGAAGUCUAUUAGUAAUAUUUUUUAAAUCUGUAAUUUAAGUUUUAUAUUUUAAUGCACAGAUGUGAUUGUGAUUAAUGGAUAGUUGCACCUUUGGGUGGUAAUAAAGCAUGAGGAGCAGCCAGUUACAGUAUCUGUAAUCUCCAAGGGGCUUAUCCAAAUCUCCUGGAGUUGCCUUAUUGCUGUAAAGGAAGUCUGGGUGAAAAGUGUGUUUUUUCUCUUUUCUUUUUUUUAAAGAUGGAAUGACAAAACAGAAUGUUUAAAAUCUAGUUUUAGUUGAGCUGCCUAUUUCUGUUAGAUUUUUUUUUCUUUAAAAAUAUCCAUCAGUUUGUGGAAUUGCCUUUUAAAUUUAAACAGUUUUAAUAUAUUUGUGGGGAAAAAAAUAAAGUAUUGUAAUGUUUACUUUAUAAGAUCUACAAAGCAAAGUACUUUAAAUAAAGGCUGUCUCUUUAAAAUAA